GGAGCAGGAGCGAGUGUGUGUCGCCAUUGCCGCUUGGCAGUGCUGUUGGGAGAGAAGGAGGAAGUCCGCAAAGCCAGCUUUCAGUUUUCAGUGGAUACCAACCUAACCUGGACAAGAGUAAAAUAUGGACUUAUUGGUUGUAAUGACCUAACAGUAUUACGCCUCCAAUCAAACCUGGCUUUGGAGUUUUUUCGGAGAACCCGACUGCCAACAGAAAAAGGAAUAUGUAUUUUUUUUAACCUUCGAAUGUGGAUAUGCUUCCUUCUGUUUUCCGUGGUAUAUGGAUCUAGGAGCCACCAUGUUAUUAGCGCUAUGAAUACGGUUCAGUCCAAAGCCAUGAUGACGAGAUUCUGACGCCACAAAUGCUGUCGUAGUCCAACCAUCACACCGCAAGGAAGGUGAUAAAAGAAGGCAUUGGCUGCUUUAACCCAGCUUACGGAAAAGUCUCUACAAGGAGUGAAAGAAAUUUGAAGGAAAAGAUUGAGUAAAACCCAGGGAAAAUGAAAACGUCCAGAGCCCUGACCCACUGAGCAAUUGAACUGGAAUGAAAACGUGAUCUACUUUUCCUAAUAGUAACCAAGUUAGCAAUGAGUGGGCGUAUAUAAUGGCCAAGAAUAAGGAUGCACGUUCCCUGACAUUUUCCAUUAGUGUGGUUGGCCUCUCUGGGACUGAAAAAGAAAAGGGCAACUGUGGAGUGGGCAAGUCCUGCCUGUGCAAUCGAUAUGUGCGCCCAGAUGCAGACAAUUACUACUCUGAGCACACCUCAGUGCUCAGUACAAUAGACUUUGGCGGACGUGUUGUCAACAAUGACCACUUCCUAUAUUGGGGGGAGGUGAACAUUCGGGGGGAGGAGGGUUUGGACUGUAAAAUCCAAGUCAUUGAACAAACUGAGUUCAUUGAUGACCAAACAUUUCUUCCACAUCGAAGUACAAAUCUACAGCCCUAUACCAAACGAGCUGCAGCAACUAAGCUCCAGUCAGCAGAGAAGCUUAUGUACAUCUGCACUGACCAGCUGGGCUUGGAGCAGGACUUCGACCAGAGGCAGAUGCCUGAUGGGAAACUGAACAUUGAUGGCUUUGUGCUUUGUGUUGAUGUUAGUAAGGGUUGUAAUAGGAAAUUUGAUGACCAAAUGAAAUUCAUUAACAGCCUCUACUCACAAAUCGUUAAGUCAAAGAAACCUAUUGUUGUUGCUGCCUCAAAGUGUGAUGAGUAUAUGGACCAGCAUUUGAGGGAUCUGCAGACCUUUGUGGCCAGCAAAAAGAAUUUGAUGUUAAUUGAGACAUCAGCACGUUUCAACGUCAACGUAGAGCACUGCUUCAAUACCCUUAUCCAGCAGAUUGAUAAAACAAGAGGAAAGCCUAAAACUACACCAUACCAGGAUGCCUAUAAAGUCCAUCGACAGCUUGCUGCCUCCGUAACAGAAAGAUUUGAGAAGCUCAUGGUGCAAACAGUGAGGGACUAUCAUAUUACUUGGAAAACGGUCAUAAAUAACUUGAAGGGACAGCCAGACUACGAUGAGUUUAUCACCCUAGAGGGAUCUCGAAAAGCUCGCUCCAUGUUCACAAAGUACAUUGCACAACUGAAACAGGAGCACAUCAAACGCCGGCGGGAAGAGUACUUGGUAACACUUCCAAAAACCCUUAACAAUAUUUUCUGUAGUCUGGAGGAAGUUGAACACCUGUCAUGGCCUGAGGCACAGACUAUAAUCCGAAACCGGCAAGAUUUCCAGUGUUGGUUUGUGGUACUGGAUCAUACACCAUGGGAUGAGUCAGAUCACAUUGAUAAUAGUGAUCGCAGAAUACCCUUCGACCUCCUUAAUACUCCUGAUGGAGAGAGAAUUUACUAUUCCCAUGUCCAGCACUUGCUAUCUGAGAAAAGAAGGGUGGAGAUGAAAGAUAGGUUCAAGAAGACUCUGGAAAGAGUUCAUUUCAUCAGUCCAGGACAACCCUGGGAGGAGGUCAUGUGCUUUGUCAUGGAAGAUGAGGCCUACAAGUACAUCACUGAAUCUGACAGAAAGGAUGUUUACUGUAGGCACCAGCAGGAAAUAGUUGAAAAGGCCAAAGAGGAUUUUCAGGAAAUGCUGUUUGAGCACGCUGAGCUGUUUUAUGACUUGGAUCUUAAUGCAACUCCCAGUUGUGACAAGAUGACAGAAAUUCACAGUGUACUAAAUGAGGAGCCCAGGUACAGAGCACUGCAGAAACUUGCCCCAGAUAGAGAGUCACUACUCCUUAAACACAUUGGGUUUGUCUACCAUCCCACUAAGGAGACGUGCUUAAGUGGACAGAACUGUGUAGAUCUGAAAGUAGAGCAGGUUUUGGCCAACAGGCUGGUACAGCUUGACCACGGUCGCUCAAAUCUCUACUAUACCAGUGCCAACAUUGAUAAGAUUAACCUCUGCCUUCUUGGAAAAGAUGGACUCUCACAGGAACUAGCAAAUGAGAUCCGAGCUCAAUCCACAGAUGAUGAGUACACGCUUGAUGGUAAAAUUUACGAACUAGAGCUUCUUCCUGUGGAUGUAAAUUCCACUCUGCUAUUCAGUCACACAUGGGUUGCCACUUUCAAACCUCAUGGCUGCUUUUGUGUGUUUAACUCUAUUGAGUCUCUCAACUGUAUUGGUGAUUGCAUAGGUAGGAUCAGAGCAGAGAUAGCACAGAAUAGACGAGAUCAGUUUGCUCAGCCACUCCCUUUUAUUCUCAUUCUUUCAAGUCAGAGAGACAAUGUUUGCAAAAACAUACCUAUUCUAAGGCACCAAGGCCAGCAGCUUGCAAACAAGUUGCAGUGUACCUUUGUUGACAUUCCCUCAGUAGCUUUUCCAAGGAAAUUUACAGAAUUCCAAAUUAAGCAGGGGCUCAGGGCAGUGCUGGAAGGCCUUAAGCAUAACUUGGAUGUCUUGGCACCCUUACCAUGUAUUAAAGACAUGGCUGAGACAGAUCUUAGAAUAGUCAUGUGUGCUAUGUGUUGGGACCCUUUUAGUGUUGACCUCAUCCUCUCACCUUUCUUAGAUUCACAUUGCUGUAGUGCAGGACAGCAAGGCCAGAGCAAUACACUCAUACUCGAUAAGAUUAUUGGGGACAACCGGAAAAGGAUCCAAGUCACUAUACUCUCUUACCACUCAGCUAUUGGUGUCCGGAAGGAUGAACUUGUGCAUGGCUAUAUUCUCGUCUACUCUGCCAAGCGCAAGGCAUCAAUGGCAACCCUGCGGGCAUUCUUGGCCGAAGUUCAAGAUGUGAUCCCCGUCCAGAUGGUGGCGAUAACAGACAGUCAGGCGGACUUCUUCGAGAGUGAUGCCAUAAAGGAGCUCAUGACUGAAGGGGAGCACAUUGCCACAGAGAUAGCUGCUAAGUUCACAGCACUCUAUUCCCUGUCACAGUAUCACCGGCAGACAGAGGUUUUUACACCCUUCUUCAACGAAGUGCUAGAAAAAAAGCCAAACAUUGAGAAGGCCUUCUUGCUUGACAGCUCCACUCGCGACUGUACCACCAGUGAAGAUGUUUUCCCCACAUCACCUCAUAGUCAUUUGCCAGCUUACACCACCUAUUAUCCUGAAUCAGAUGACGAUAAUGAGGCCCCCCCACCUUACAGUCCAAUUGGUGAUGAUGUCCAACUUCUGCCCACACCCAGUGAGCGGGCAAAGUACAGGAUUGACCUAGAGGGAAAUGAGUACCCUGUUCACAGCACACCUGCCGGAGACCACGAUCGCAACCACAAAGUGCCCCCACCAGUCCGACCUAAACCUGUGCUCCCUAAGCCUAAUGUGAAGAAACUCGACCCCAACCUGCUUAAAACCAUUGAGGCAGGCAUGCGAAGCAAUCGCAGGAUGCCUCGUGGCCCAGUCACACACACUGAAGAUGUGGAAGCUUCAGACAACUAUGCAGAGCCUGUUGACACCCUGGUUAGAUCCAGAGGUUUCCACAGCGACAACAUCUAUGUUGUACCUGAAGACGCGCACAGCCGUCUGGUGAAAAUUACACCUCCAUUCCUCCAUUCAGGAGGAGAUGAGGAGAACGGAUUUGAUCGAAAGUCUCAAGCCAUGAGGCGACCGUCUAAGUACAAGCAUCGUUCUAAGAUUCUCUUCAGCAAAACAAAGGCCUAUCAAAGACGAUUUCAUUCUGAUAGUGAUGGUGAAGAGUUUUGCCCUGCUACACAGAAAAAGAAAAAGGGAAGAGCCCAUAGAGGCAGUGAGGAAGACCCUCUUCUCUCCCCAGCUGACCCAUGGAAGAUUGGUAUAGAUAAUCCUGCAAUCACCUCAGACCCUGAAGAUGAUAAGAAGAUGAAGAAGAAGAAGACAUCAAAGACCCUGAAGGACCAGAAAAAGCCCAAAUCGACCAAGCCCCCAAAGCCACUUUACCCGCCCACUCGGAGAACCUGGGACAGCAACUACUUUGGCGUUCGCCUGCAGAAUGUGGUGACUUCAGAGCAUCCCAUCCCACUCUUCAUUGAGAAAUGUGUUGAAUACAUAGAACGCACAGGUCUAACGACUGAGGGAGUUUACCGUGUCUGUGGAAACAAGACAGACCAAGAUAACCUUCAGAAACAGUUUGAUCAAGAUCACAGCAUUGAUUUUGGAGAGAUGGACCUGGCAGUGAAUGCUGUUGCUGGAGCGCUGAAGGCUUUCUUUGCUGACCUGCCUGACCCUCUGAUCCCCUACAGCCUGCACCCAGAGCUGGUGGAAGCUGCAAAACUCAUGGACUAUAUUGAGCGGCUAGAGGUGUUGCGAGAGAUUGUGAAGAAGUUUCCUCCCAUCAACUACCAGAUCUUCAAAUACAUAAUCACACAUCUGAACAGAGUGAGCCAGCAUAGCAAGACCACCCUGAUGACAGCCGACAACCUGUCCAUCUGCUUCUGGCCCACCCUCAUGCGACCUGACUUUGAGAACAGGGACACACUGUCCACCACGAAGCUCAACCAGGCAGUCAUCGAGACAUUCAUCGUGCAGAGCGACUAUUUCUUCCAUGGGGGUGAUGUGGCCGAGAGCUCCAGCAAUGAGGGAACACCCCCGCCACAUUGCCACAACAUGGUGGAGGCUCUUCUGCCCCUGCAGCUGCCCCCCCCUCUGCAGCCCCAGCAGAUACAACACACGCUGCCACCUGACCCCCUCAUUUAACACACCAAUAGGUAUUCUGGGGCAUCGGGAGUUCAGUAUGUGCUUCCAGCUGCAAACGUAGGGAGAUGCUGGAGGUCCUGCUUCUGCUUCACAUCAGUGGGUGGCUGAUUUCAACACAUCAUAGCUGUACUUUUAUUUCUCAUAUUCUUUCAGCUUUGGGUUCAGAGUGUGCUUGAUGGGAUGUUGGACCAGGCCAGAUCUGGGAGACGGGUUCAUUUUGGAAGCUCAGUCUGGAUUAUGGAAUUGCACGUCACAUUAUGGAUUGCAUAAUUUAGAUCAAACUGAAUACAGUGAGGAAUGAGCUGAUCUAGGCACAUAAUGCUAGUUCUUUAUAGGAGUCAAACCUAGUUCCAGAGUUUUUCAACAUAUUUGGGGCAAAGACUCCAUCUCUCUACCCUCAUGGAAAAGCACACCAAGUUUUUUUUUGUCCUGUUACAGGCCCAGCCUCCUGAUGCCAUCUGGGCACCACUAAAGGGAAGGUAAACAUUACAACUUAUACUCUCAUCUGAAAACCUGAUGAGAGUAUAAUGAUAAUGACAUACAAACACCAAGGGGAUUCUAGUCUUCCUGCAGAUUCUGGCACAGGAAAACAGUUUCUGACUUCGAGUCAUUUCGGGACAUGUUUGAGUCUCAACCUGUGAAACUAAAACAGGAUUCUGAACUUUAAGCCUUGCACCUUUAAUGUUUUCAGGAGGUGAUGGGUUUUCAAUACUAAACAAWUCUUUUUCCACUACACAAGCCUAAAGGAACCCUUAAAGGACAGCCCAUGCACGACUAGUGUCAAUGGUCCAUGUUGCAAUUCAUGUUGUUAGCUUGCUUUAUCCUGUCAUGUUUUUUUAUAUUUUGGAAACAUCUGAUUUAUAUCCAUGUUGUGUGUCUGUGUGAGUGUGUGUUUGCUGUUGUGUAACAAUGCUGAUGUGUUGGAUGAUUUAUCUGUACAAACUUACACGUGGUCGGCGUUCCGGCCUCUUCCGGGGAGGACGGGUUCUGAAGACUGGUGUCACUCUGUCCAGGAGGACCAGGCUUAACUUCUCGAGCUCAGCUCUUCAGUUUCUUAAAGCGACAGCUCCCCGUGUCUUCUUGGCUUUGUCACCCUGUUUUCUUAAUUUCUUUAUUUCUCUUUGUCUGAAAUUUGCAUGUUUUUACCACUUUAUGAAAAAAAGACAACUACUCAAAAUGAAGUGAAAAACUUUGAGUCCUUGAUAGGAUCCCCACCACUUUAUUUGACUUUUUAAGGGCAAUAUUUCAACAGAAAAAAAUCUCAUUUGCAUUAGAUUUUUUGUUGUUCCUGAAGGAAAUCACAUCUUUAAUAUCAUCUUUUUUUUAAAAAUAGUUUCCCUAAAUAGAGGAAAGAAGUAUAUAAGUCUAUAUAUAAAUAUAUAAGUCUCUGAGCAGCACAAGUUUUUUUAAGUAAACUACCACGGGGUACUGGAUCCUAAUCUGUCACAAGCUAUGAUCGUACAUGUUUAUUAUGGUGAAUGUUAUUUUUUUUUAUUUCUGAUGAUGUGAAUGUGAGUAUGUGCACAUUUGGGGUGAGUAAGGGAGGUGGGGUUGGGAUGGGUGGUCAUACUAGAUCAGUACAACUCAGAAAAAGGAAGGUAGAAAAUCUCAAUCUUCAUCUGUGAUACUUAAACAACAACAUCUCCUUUCCCAGUUUCCUCGCUUCAUCCUGUGAGUAAAAUAUUUCAGAAAUCUACAUCCUUGCCUGCCUUUGGCUACAGUAUGAUAAACAUUUAUUAUAGAUUAUUUUCUCAAUCUUCUGCCCAUCUUUAUAACAAAUGUUUUUGCUGCUUGAUAUAGAUAUAUUACUCUUUAUUUUACAACUCAAAAAAUUCUAAAAUUGUAUUAUAAAUCUGUUAAUUUUUAUUUCUUGAACAUUUUCUGUAAAGAGUGCAAUUUUGUGGUACUUUACCCUAACUCUACAUUUCAAAGGGAAGCUUCUAAUCCAAAAACAACCACUAAUGYUUAUGUCUGCAAGGAUUCCCAACACUGAUAUUGCCAUGGUUCUGUUUUUCUGUGCACAUGAUUGCUCAACUGAGGUACAAAAUGUCUUUGCAAGUAAGCAGAUUAACAUUUAUUGUUAUUAGCCUAUUUUCAACCUUACGCAUUUUUUUUGUUCCCUAACAAAACAUCAAAUUCUCCCAAAGUAGUUUCAGAGGUCUGGUUAUCAGUCCAGGUGGCUAAUGCUGAAAGGUGUUCAUCUUUUAUCUCAUCCAGUGAUUGAGGGGGACUAUAAAACAUGUAUUGAAUCUGAAAUAUCUUUCUGUCCUUAGAUAUUUUUUGAUUAGGAAAAAUUCAUUUAUAGCAUUUUUUUUUCUUUCACUUUUACCAUUUUAAAAUGUACAACUCAUGUCCUUUAACUAGCUGAUUUUGUUUUCCUACAGGAUCAUGAUUCACGAGUCUUAGUUUGGAUAAUUGGUAGCCUGGUAAAAACCAGCCCCUUCUUCUAGGCUUCGCUUCAUCCAGAGGGUCUGGACUCUCGACUAUUGAGAAACUAUGGCUAUUUUGUUGAAGUUGUAAAUUUUACCCAGUCGCUAACGUUUGGCCAUGACAUGUGUGUAGCUUAAUGGAAUUUGCGUACGCUGUAAACAACACUAAGGGGAGUAGGGCCACGAUAUCUUUGCCAGCAAUAAAAUCUAUUAAACAUUC